AUGGCCACCGCGGCAUCUUUCGAAAAGGGUGAUAGCCUAGAACACCAAGCGAAAACCUCGUCAGACGGUAGCCGUCCUGUGGGAGAUUCUGGCGUUGAAGCAGAACGUGCUGCGCUCCUGGCAGCGCUUCCCGACCCAGAUGCUGGCAAGACCCCCGAGGAGCGAGCAGAAAUCGAUCGCAAGUUGAUGUGGAAAGUCGAUCUUGCAUUGGUGCCAUGGCUUUCUCUCCUCUAUCUCAUGUCAUUCCUGGACCGGACCAACAUUGGCAAUGCACGACUGGCUGGACUCGAGGGCGAUCUUGGCAUGAAACCAGACGGAUCUGACUACAACCUCUCCCUGACCAUCUUCUUCAUCAGCUAUGCUCUAUUCGAGCCCGUCACCAACGCCCUUCUCAAGCGCAUGACGCCUCGCAUCUUCUUCACCGGCAUCAUCUUCGUGUGGGGUGUUAUCAUGACCCUGAUGGGUCUUUGCCACAACUUCCCAGGUCUCUUGGCUGCUCGGUGGUUCCUCGGAGUCGCAGAGGCCGGCCUCUUCCCCGGUGUCAACUACUACCUCUCAUGCUGGUACAAGGGUUCCGAGAUUGGUGUGCGUUCUGCAGUCUUCUUCUCUGCUGCUGCGUUGGCGGGCUCCUUUGGCGGUCUCCUUGCAGCUGCCAUUGCGCAGAUGAACGGUAUCGGUGGAAGGCCUGGCUGGGCAUGGAUCUUCAUAAUUGAGGGUAUCGCUACCGUUUUCGUCGGCAUCUUCUGUUGGUGGCUUGUGUUUGAUUGGCCCGAGACUGCCCGUUUCCUCAGCCCCGACGACCGUAUUCGCGUGCAGCGCCGCCUGAUCAUGGACCGCCAGGGUCGCACCGCCGAGGACUUUGACCGCCGCCACAUCUACGAGGCCCUCAAGGACUGGAAGACGUACGGCUACAUGGUCAUCUACAUGGGCUGCUUGGUCCCGCUCUACGCCUUUUCGCUGUUCUUGCCCACCAUCCUGCGCGGCAUGGGACACGUCGGUACUCGGGCUCAACUCCUCAGUGUGCCUCCCUACGCCGUGGCGGCCGCGCUUACCGUCACCAUCGGCUUCAUCGCCGACAGGACCAAGAUGAGGGGUUACUGCAACAUUGCAACGGUGACGAUUGGCAUCAUUGGUUUCGUCAUGCUCAUGGCGACGCAAGAUCCUCGCAUCCAAUAUGCCGGCACCUACUUGGGCGCUGCUGGAAUCUACCCGACCAUCUCCAACACCCUUUCGUGGGCCAUCAACAACACCGAGGGCUCUCUCAAGCGCGCCGUCGUUCUGGGCAUGGUUGUAGGCUGGGGCAACCUGAACGGCGUGGUGUCGUCAAACAUUUAUCUUGCGCGCGAGUCGCCCAAGUUCUUCACUGGUCACGGUGUGGUCAUGGGAUACCAAGUGAUCUGCCUCCUUGGCGGUUCAAUCUUUAUGCACUUGGCCUUCCGCAAGAUGAACAAGGACCGCGCCGCCGGCAAGAUGGACGAAAGCUGGGCUGCGCUCAGCCAAGAGGAGAAGUGGGCCCGUGGAGACAGGAGACCCGACUUUGUCUACACUCUGUGA